GUAAUUAUUAAUUAUUAUUAUUAUUUUAAUUUUUUUGUUGAAACUACUCCUCCAAGGCUCCAACCACAUCGUCGUCUCCACGAGCGAAACCCUAAACAUUCUUUUUCCGCUUUUUUCUCCGCGUCCUUUACACCCUAAGGGAACCUCUGAUGCAGAUGAAUUAAGGUUCCUGGGCAUCGGAGAUGAAGGGGAUUGGACUCAAUUCGGCGAUUCAGAGGAUUACGCUUGUCGGAGGAUUUCGUGAUAAAGUUAACUUGAUGUUAAUUUGAUCUGGCGAUCGAUCUGGGUUUGAAUUGAUCCAGAAAAAAGGGGAUUUGGGGAGGCGAUUUUAUAGGGGUUUGAGUGAUUGAGAUGGGAGGGAGAUGGAAUCUAUUAGGAUUCCAGCUACACAAGGUUUUAUGCGUUGUUUUGAUGAUCCAUUUCCUCGGCGAUGAGUGUUUAUCGGUUAAUCUUGAGGGAUUAGCUCUGUUGAAGUUCCGAUCAAGAGUCGAAGCUGAUCCUCAUGGGGUCAUGGCGAGUUGGGGUCCUAAAGACACCAAUCCUUGCAAUUGGAAUGGUGUUCAUUGCAUUGAUGGCAAAGUAGUGAUGUUGAAUCUGAGAGAACACUCUUUGGGAGGUACUUUGGCUCCUGAGCUUGGGAAACUGAGCAACCUGAGAGCUCUUAUACUUUCUAAGAACAACUUCUCUGGAGUUGUCCCGAAGGAAAUUGGACGACUUGCUAUCCUUGAGAUAUUGGACUUACGGAACAACAAACUCAGUGGUGCAAUACCAAUGGAAAUAAGAGAAAUGCAAUCGCUCAAGCACCUUCUACUUUGCAAUAACAGCUUUGGGCAUGAUACACCUUGUGUUGAAACUCCUAACAUAUACACAGAUUUGAAAAGCCAUCUUGACUUCUCUUGUGACGCAGAUACUGAUGGUGUCUCUUCAAACCAAAAGUUGGUAGACUGCAUCUGGCACAGUGGUUUGCAAAAACUGAAGGCGGUCGACAUUAUCGCUCUCCUGCUCAAAGAGAAAUUUGUACAAGCUGUAGAAUCUUUAUCCUCAUUCAGAUCAGGCCUUUCAUCUGAACAUGAGAAGAAACACGGUGACAAUCUAUCUGCGGGUUUUAGGGAUCCAUAUAUAAUUCCAAAUGCAUUUGCCCACAUUUCUCGCCGUAGCUUGUUGCAAGAAACUAGCAACCUCCCUGCUGUAUCUCAAAGCAGUGUUCGCCCAAAGGUUGUUCCUGUUCCAUCUACUGGAAGUGGUCUUCUACCAGCAAUUCAACAUCCAAAUGAUCACAGUAAUGGUAAGAAGCCAUCUCCAGCACCUGCACCAUCUGAACCGAAUGCUCCAUCGGGCUCUGGAACGCCCACAAACUCUGUUGUAAAUGGGCCCGAAUCAAGUAAAGGAACGACGAAGUGGGUAUAUGUUCUUGUUCUUCCGGUGGCCGCAUUAUUGCUAACUACUGCAGUGUGCAUGCUUCUUGUCUGCCGCAGCAAAGCAAUGGUGGGGACGAUAGGUCCUUGGAGAACUGGAAUAAGUGGCCAGCUUCAGAAGGCAUUUGUCACAGGAGUACCAAAGUUAAAUCGUACAGAAUUAGAAAAUGCAUGCGAGGAUUUUAGUAACAUCAUUGCCACCUACCCAGAAUACACUGUGUUCAAGGGAACAUUGUCAAGUGGUGUUGAGAUAGCUGUUGCAUCCACUGCAAUUGCAUCUUCUGGAGAUUGGUCUAAACGUUCUGAAACCCAUUUCAGGAAAAAGAUAGACACACUCUCGAGAAUUAACCAUAAAAACUUUGUCAAUCUUCUCGGUUUCUGUGAGGAGGAAGAACCUUUUAUGAGGAUGAUGGUCUUAGAGUAUGCACCUAAUGGGACGCUUCAUGAACAUCUUCAUGUUGAGGAUUUUGACCACAUUGAUUGGAGUGGGAGAAUGAGAAUCAUAAUGGGAACAGCAUACUGUCUACAACACAUGCAUGAGCUUAACCCACCAAUAGCUCACCCUGACCUGCAGUCAAGUGCUAUAUUAUUAUCAGAAGAUUGUGCUGCUAAGGUUAUGGAUGUCAGUGUAUGGAAAGAAGUUAUUGCCAAAGGAAAAAUAUCAGGAGAUGACAAUAUUGAUGUCUCCGAAACACCAACUGCUGAUCCAGCAGGCAAUGUUUACAAUUUUGGGAUACUUCUACUUGAAAUUAUCUCGGGAAAGCUACCAUAUUCUGAAGAAGGCUCCCUAGUAAAUAUGGCUUUGGAAUGUAUGAAUGAGAGCCGAAGUAUUGGCUCUCUCAUCGAUCCUACAUUGAAAUCACAUAAAGCUAAUGAGCUAGAUGUUAUUUGUGAGGUCAUCCAAGAUUGCAUUCAUCAGGAUCCGAAGAAGAGGCCGAAGAUGAAAGAAGUUAGCGCUAAACUAAGAGAGGUGAUCGCAAUUUCUCCGGAGGCCGCAACGCCUAGACUUUCUCCUCUCUGGUGGGCAGAACUUGAGAUACUUUCGGUUGAAGCAAGUUAAAAUGCAAAUAUCAUCUCUUUCGUUACUCCUGUAGAUAUCACGGGUAAAUUCUCCAACAAUUUUUUUCUCUUUUUAUUUCUUCUAUUGUGCGGUUUCUAGUGUGUUGGCUUCUUUCUUUCUCGCCUCUCUUUUCAAAACAUUAUUAAAUUCGUGAUAUAUCCCAUAUUGUUCUUCUCCCUAAGCCAAGCAAAUUUACUUGUGAUUUAGGGUGUCUAUAUCUUGUUUUAAAUUGUAUACUUUGUGUGGAUGGUAAAGAAAUGAGAAUGAGUUUUCAAUUA